CCUUGCCUGCUUCACAGCGGUGCAUGCAACUAUCUGCUCAGAACUACACGGAUCAAAUUGUUGCUAGCAUAUUUACCAUUUUCCAAACAUUAUUAGCAUAUUACUUAGAUACAAAGUUUAAAUCUUCUGCAGAAGUCAGACCGAGCUCUGUUUAGUUUUCGCAAACAUUUGAAAAUGUUGAGCAGUGUUUCUCUCCGGGCUCAGAUCGCUUCCAUCAUAGAGGUACUUUCUAAAACUGCGGUUGCAGAAAUUAGCAAAGUAGUCGACGAUGGCAUAGUUGUGUUACGUGUAGAAAUGUGUCGACGGGAAAAUGAAAUCAACGUCCUGAAAAAUAAUGUACAACAACUUGACAGCGAGCUUCGAAGAGCUCGAGGGAUUCAACCUCGAAGACGCAUCCAUCAUGGUCGAUCAGUCGCUGCUGAGAAUCUUGGGAGAAAAGGGACUGGUAAAAGCGGUACCACUUCUGUGAGGAGGACCUCACUUGAAAAACUGCAGCCUGAGGGAGAUGGUAACGGAAAGGAUGAAGCCGUUGGACCUGCGGAUGAGACUCUGGUCAAGAUUGAGCCGGGAGGGGAGGGUGAACAGGAAGAGCAGACUACAAGGAGAAAAUACAAGUAUCGUCUUGAAGCUGAACUGUCAACGUACGAGAGAGACAGCCAGACGUGGAUGUCCAGUACACAAGAAGACAAUGAUAUGGAGACAAACUCACUGUGUCUCCCCGAUCACUCUCCUGGAACUUCUGGAAUGACGGCAGCAUCAUGCAGCAAUGUUUCAUUACCAGGGAAACCAUAUUUGGAGUCUAAUGUCAGAGAGGAUAUGAUUUUACAGCUCAGACAGCAACAACAUUAUCGGCAGUCAGACGCGCUCAGGAGAACAAGCGACGGCACAGUAAAGUCAAACCCAGACCCUCAAAGUGAAUUCGGUUUUGGCCCGAAUUAUAAUUCGGCAAGGAGAGCGAGGACCAAGAGAUUUUUCCAGGUUAAUAAACACUUCAUUUGCACACUGUGUGGAAAGAGUUUUGAACGUUACAGUCAUCUUGAAAGGCAUCUACGAAUUCAUACGGGUGAGAAACCGUACAGCUGUGACAUAUGUGGAAGGUGUUUCAACCAGAAGGGUAGCCUCAAAGGGCAUCUGAAGACUCACAGAGUAUCGAUGGAUGGACUAGCUAACAACGAAGAGAAGCCUCGCCUGGAUAGACGUCAGACUGAGGAAGAGCAGUUGAACGGAAAGGACGAAGUGUUCCAUACUGCUCCUCAGAUGCCUAUGAAGUCUGAGCCAGGGGAGGAGAAGGAUGCAUUCCAGACACUAGAUCCUAAAGCAGAAGAACAGACUGCAGGGAGAGCAGAACAGCGACUGGAUGAGGAAUUGUCAAUGUACGCGAGAGACAGCCAGCCGUGGAUGUCCGGUCCACAAGCAGACAACGAUAUGGAGACGAGCAAUUCAGAAUAUUUCAGCAGUUCGGGUCAGAACUCCCAGUGUCUAACUAAUCACUCUCCUGUACUUCCUGUCUCAGGAAUGGUGGAGGCGUCAUGCAGCAGUGGUUCAUUUCCAGGGAAACCAUAUGUAGAUGUCAGCGAGGAUAUGAUUUUACAGCUCAGGCAGAAACAUUAUGGAUCUUCAGACACACUCUUGAUAGCAAGUGACGGUACAGUACAGCCAAACUCACGGGUCAUGGACGCGGCUUCUCUGAACCAUCCUCCCAUCUUCUCCAGUUUUCCGGAAAGGAAAGUGAAAACCUUCCAAGGAGUCACCAAGGACAAGAAGUGCUUCAUCUGCUCAUUCUGUGGGAAAGUUUUUGAGCGUGUUGGUCAUCUGGAAAGGCACCAGCGAAUUCAUACGGGUGAGAAACCGUAUAGUUGUGACAUAUGUGGAAGGUGUUUCAACCAGAAGGGUAGCCUCAAAGGGCAUCUGAAGACACACAGAGACGGUGCUGACAUGCUAACGGGUCAACCUCCGCUAGAGGAUAAGAAGCCUGACGUUUAUCCUAGACCCUCGGAGUACCCAGAAGAACCGAGGGAUCAGCCCACAUCUGCUGAAGCACAGCCUAGCUCAGGGUACAGUGAGGAGGAGGAGGAGGGCAGGGGGCAGGGGUUGGUGGGGGAAGCAGAGAAAGAGAAGCAGUUUGAAUCCCAGAUACUCAGUCAGUCAGGACCUCCACACCAACAAAGCACAGAGCGACCAGGUUACCAGGACGACCCAGAGUAUGUCAUGGAUGAGAGGGAGAGUCAGCUGUGUAGAUCUUUCACAGAGAGGCACAGUGAUACUGAGUCUGGAUCACUACAUCCAGGUUGCUCCUCUGAUGUGACAAAGCAGCAGAACUCCCAUCCUGUUUCACCCAGUGUCAAAUACCAUCACAGUCCUUUUGAUGGACUGCACCACCACCACGGGUUCUAUACGUCAGCUUCUAGAGAGGUGGAAUUGGGAGACGUGUCUUUUCAGGAAGAGAAAGACAAGUUGGAUGUGAUUGAGCAAGAGCAGUACGCAGGGAUGGUUCUACAUGCAAGGAACAGGGAGGAUGGUGAUGGGACAAUACUACCCAGGUUUCAGAACCGGGUACCACCGCCACAACUACCUGUAGAGGAGGAAACGGCAAUGAGCGCUUACAUCACACAACCAAACUACAGUCAAGAGGGGAUUUUAUUUGCCCUUGGCAUAGACAGUUUUGACAGUACAGAGGGCAGCAGUGCCACUACAGACGACACAAGAAAUAGAUGUUUCAUAUGCUCCUUUUGUGGAAAGAGUUUUGAUCGCCAUAGUCAUUUUGAAAGACACCUGCACACUCAUACUGGUGAGAAGCCCUACAGCUGUGAGAUAUGUGGUAAGACUUUCACUCAGAAGAGCAGCCUGAAAGCUCAUCAGAGACUUCAUACAGGUUAAUCAAGGGCCAAAGAGUCUUAGUUUGUGUUCCGAAUGGCACCCUAUUCCCUAUAUACAAACAGUUGCAAGAAACUGUAUGAGAACCCUUUGGAAUUACCUGGAUUUCUACAUAAAUUGGUUCAUAAAAUUUGAUCUGAUCUUCAUCUAAGUCACAACAAUAUAGACAAACACAGUUUCCUUCAACUAAUAACACACAAAUUAUAUUUUUCUUGUGUAUAUUGAAUACAUCAUUUAAACAUUCAGUGUAGGUUGGGAAAAGUAUGUGAACAUCUAGGCUAAUGACUUCUCCAAAAGCUAAUGGGAGUCCAAUCAGUUAGACGAGAUUGGAGAUGUUGGUUGGAGCUGCCCUGCCAAAUAAAAAAACACUCAAAACAUUUGAGUUUGCUGUUCACUAGAAGCUGUGAACCAUGCCUCGAACAAAUGAGAUCUCAGAAGACCUAAGAUUAAAAAUUGUUGACUUGAAAAAAAGCUGGAAAGGGUUACAAAAGUAUCUCUAAAAGCCUUGAUGUUCAUCAGUCCAUGGUAAGACAAAUUAUCUAUAAAUGGAGAAAGUUCAGCACUGUUGCCACGAGGGCAACCGAUUAAUCGGAUUGGCCGAUUUAAUUAGGGCCGAUUUCAAGUUUUCUUAACAAUCGGUAAUCAGCAUUUUUGGACACCGAUAAUGGCCGAUUUACAUUGCACUCCAUGAGGAGACUGCGUGGCAGGCUGACUACCUGUUAUGCGAGUGCAGCAAGAAGCCAAGGUAAGGUGCUAGCUAGCAUUAAACUUAACUUAUAAAAAACAAUCAAUCUUAACAUAAUCACUAGUUAACUACACAUGGUUGAUGAUAUUACUAGUUUAUCUAGCUUGUCCUGCGUUGCAUAUAAUUUAUGCUGUGCUUGUUAAUCUAUCAUUGAAUCACAGCUUACUUCACCAAACAGGUGAUUUAACAAGCGCAUUCGGGAAAAAAGCACUGUCGUUGCACCAAUGUACCUAACCAUAAACAUCAACGCCUUUCUUAAAAUCAAUACACAAGUAUAUAUUUUUAAACCUGCAUAUUUAGUUAAUAUUGCCUGCUAACAUGACUUUCUUUUAACUCUGGGAAAUUGUGUCACUUCUCUUGCAAGCAGUCAGGGUAUAUGCAGCAGUUUGGGCCGUCUGGCUCGUUGCGAACUGUGUGAAGACCAUUUCUUCCUAACAAAGACAGCCAACUUCACCAAACGGGGGAUGAUUUAACAAAAGCACAUUUGCGAAAAAAGCACAAUCCUUGCACUAAUGUACCUAACCAUAAACAUCAAUGCCUUUCUUAAAAUCAAUACACAGAAGUAUUUUUUUUUUAAUGCAUAUUUAGUUAAAAGAAAUUCAUGUUAGCAGGCAAUAUUAACUAGGCAAAUUGUGUCACUUAACUUGCAGUCAGGGUAUAUGCAGCAGUUUGGGCCGCCUGGCUCGUUGCGAACUAAUUUGACAGAAUUUUAUAUAAUUAUGACAUACAUUGCACAACCUUCAAUGUUAACAGCAGUAUUUAGACUUAUGGAUGCCACCCAUUAGAUAAAAUACAGAAUGGUUCCGUAUUUCACUGAAAGAAUAAACGUAUUGUUUUCGAAAUGAUAGUUUCCAGAUUUUACCAUAUUAAUGACCUAAGGCUCGUAUUUCUGUGUGUUUAUUAUAAUUAGGUCUAUGAUUUGACAGGGCAGUCUGACUGAGCGGUGGUAGGCAGCAGCAGGCUCGUAAGCAUUCAUUCAAACAGCACUUUCCUGCAUUUGCCAACAGCUCUUCGUAAUGCUCCCGAGAUUAGGCUGGCAAUAAAGUAUCUAUUAAAACAUCCAAUAAUCAAAGGUAUAUGAAAUACAAAUGGUAUAGAGAAAAAUAGUCCUAUAAUAACUACAACCUAAAACGUCUUACCUGGGAAUAUUGAAGACUCAUGUUUAAAGGAACCACCAGCUUUCAUAUGUUCUCAUGUUCUGAGCAAGGAACUUAAACGUUAGCUUUCUUACAUGGCACAUAUUGCACUUUUACUUUUUUCUCCAACAAUUUGUUUUUGCAGUAUUUAAACUAAAUUGAACAUGUUUCAUUAUUUAUUUGAGACUAAAUUGAUUUGAUCUAUUAUAUUAAGUUAAAAUAAGUGUUCAUUGUUCAUUCAGUAUUGUUGUAAUUGUCAUUAUUACAACAAAAAAAGACACACAAAAAAAAAAAAUAUAUAUAUAUAUAUAAAAAUCGUCCGAUUUAAUCGGUAUCGCCUUUUUUGGGUCCUCCAAUAAUCGGUAUCGGCGUUGAAAAAUCAUAAUCGGUCGACCUCUAGUUGCUACUCCCUAGGAGUGGCUGUCCUGCAAAGAUGACUGCAAGAGCACAGCGCAGAAUGUUCAAUGAGGUUAAGAAGAAUCCUAGAGUGUCAGCUGAAGACUUACAGAAAUCUCUGGAACAUGCUAACAUCUGAGUCUACGAUAUGUUAAAUGCUAAACAAGAAUGGUGUUCAUGGGAGGACACCACGGAAGAAGCCACUGCUGUCCGAAAAAACAUUGCUGCAAGUCUGAAGUUUGCAAAAGAGCAUCUGGAUGUUCCACAGUGCUACUGGCUAAAUAUUCUGUGGACAGGGAAAACUACAGUUGAGUUGUUUGGAAGGAACACACAACACUAUGUGUGUAGAAAAAAGGCACAGUGCACCAACAUCAAAACCUUAUCCCAACUGUAAAGUAUGGUGGAGGUAGCAUCAUGGUUUGGGGCUGCUAUGCUGCCUCAGGGCCUGGACAGCUUGCUAUCAUAAACUUGCAAAAUAAUUUUUCUGUUGAUCAAUACAUUUUGCAGGAGAAUGUAAGGCGAUCUGUCCGCCAAUUGAAGCUAAACAGAAGUUGGGUGAUGCAACAGGACAACGACCCAAAACACAGAAGUAAAUCGACAACAGAAUGGUUUCAACAGAAGAAAAUACACCUUCUGCAGUGACCCAGUCAGUCCUGACCUCAACCUGAUUUGAGAUGCUGUGGUAUGACCUCGAGAGCGGUUCACACCAGACAUCCCAAUAAUAUUGCUGAACUGAAGCAGUUUUGUAAAGAGGAAUGGUCCAAAAUUCCUCCUGACGGUUGUGCAGGUCUUACCCGCAACUACAGAAAACAUUUGGUUGAGGUUAUUGCUCCCAAAGGAGGGUCAACCAGUUAUUAAAUCCAAGGGUUCACAUACUUUUCCCACCCUGAACUGUGAAUGUUUACACAGUGUGUUCAAUAAAUACAUGAAAACGUAUCAUUGUUUGUGUGUUAGUUGAAGCUGACUGCGUUUGUCUGUUGUUGUGACUUAGAUGAAGAUCAGAUAACAUUUUAUGACCAAUUUAUGCAGAAAUCCAGGUAAUUCCAAAGGGUUCGCAUACUUUUUCUUGCCACUGUAGUACACUACCUUUGACCAGAGACCAUAGGUCAAAGUAGUGUACUAUAUAAGAAAUGGGUUAUAAUUUGGGAUGCACGCUUACUGAAAGUUGUUUGGUCCUCAUCAAAACUCAAUCAACACCGGUUAAUGAGUAUGGGACAAUUGGCUGCUAUUGGUAACAAUUUAGAAGUCCAAAUAAAUUGUGAUGUCAUAUUUGUUUCCAAUACAUUUUGUGUUUUUUUUAAUCCUUUAUUUAACUAGUCAAGUCAGUUAAGAACAAAGUCUUAUUUACAAUGACGGGCCUACCCCGGCCAAACAUGGGCGACGCUGGGUCAAUUGUGCUCCGCCCUAUGGAACUCCCAAUCACGGCCGGAUGUGAUGCAGCCUGGAUUCAAACCAGGCACUACAGUGACGCCUCUUGCACUGAGAUGCAGUGCCUUAGACCACUGCACCACUCGGGAGCCCAAAAGAUGUUAAAGAUAUUCAAAUGCUGGGGCUAUGGAAAAUGAACAUUUUAGUAGUUCUUAGUUUAUAAAGUUGUCAUCAGGUAUCUCUCCAAUAAUGUAUAUAGAAGGGAGAAAAAAGGGUUUUAAGGAAAAACUAUUUAUAAUCAACGUUUUUCUUCCUGCAUCAAAUGUAUGGAUCGUUGAUCCAAUUUAACAUGUGGGCUACAUAUCUUUUUGUUUUGUAUGAAGACGUUGGAUCAAUGUUUAUUACUCAAUGGGUAUGUUUACAUGCACAGUAAUAAUUCAAUUUUAAACUGAUUAUGGCAGUGAGCAUAUGAUUCAAUAGUCAUGUAAGCAGAGUAAGGCGUUUAUCUUAAUCGGCGUUGGGUCAAAAUCGAAGAACGCAUACGCCGAUUAAAACGCCUGGUUUUCUGAGUAAUCUUUCUAAUUAUUAGAAUGCCUUAAAAGGAUCGGACCCUUUUAUUUUCAUUUUUUGUCUAAAAUGACAAACCCAAAUCUAACUCCUUUUAUUUAGUUCGGUACCCGAAGCAAGGAUAUGCAAAUUCAUAAUACCAGGUUUGUGGAAAUGUGAAUUAAUGAAGGAGAAUAUAACACAUUAGAUCUGGUAGAAGAUAAUACAAAGAAAAAAACGUGUUUUUUAUUUUUUGUUCCAUCUUUGAAAUGCAAGAGAGGCCAUUAUAUUACUUAGCAGUAUAUUUUGGCCACUAGAUGGCAGCAGUGCAUGUGCAACGUUUUAGACUGAUCCAAUGAACCAUUGCACUACUGUUCAAAAUGUUGUAUCAAGUCUGCCCAACUGUGCCGAAUUGGUCAAUUGAUACAUUUUCAAGUACAUAACUAUAGACAACAUACAAAAAUGAUAUGGUAAUACGAAAUUUAAGUUUACACACUCCCAGGAAUGUCAUAAAUUAUGGAUAAAUAGCUUCCUUACAGAAACACUAACCUUCACACAUCUAGAUGGUGGGGAACCCAGUUCCUACAUUUGAAUAUAAAAAUGGAUUUUAUCAAACAGAACUAUACUACAUUUUGUCUCUGGGACCCUCAGGAUGACAAAUCAGAGCAAGAUUACUGAAUGUAAGUACAUUAUUUGCCUUCAGAGGUGAACGUAUCAAACCAGUUGCCAUGAUAAUAGUUUUGUUGUGCACUCUCAAACAAUAGCAUGAUAUUUUUCACUGUAAUAGCUACUGUAAAUUGGGCAGUGCAGUUAGAUUAACAAUAAUUUAAGCUUUCUGAAAUGUUCUUGUUACUUACGUCAAGCUAAUCACAUUAGCGCACGUUAGCUCAACCGGACAUGCAUCGAUAAUUUCCAAGCCCAUUUCAUAGAGAUUGUUACAAACUGUACUUCAUUUAGUAACUUACUUUGAAGAGAUGAUGAUGAUUGGGUCUAAAUUCAGUGUCUUUGUCUUUAACUGCCAUUUCCUGAAAGUCAGACUCUUACCACAUGCCAACUCCUUUUCAUCAGCUUCAGAAGCAUCAGCAUUCACCGCGUUAUGUGGUUAUCCUUAGAUAUAUUAUCCAGACUUGCCCAGAGGGAAUAUGCUCUACAUUUUUUAUUCUAGGUAACAUUUUAUUUGGAAAAAUGUAAAUGUGUUUAUUUUACUGAUAGAAAGAUUUAAAAAAUAUGUAUCCACAAUCUGCUCUGGACAAGUCUGGUGCUGGACUGUCUUAAAAUGAAAUGAAAAUAUUUAGGCUGACUUAAUUCAGUGUCCCGAAAAAUGUAUUUGUGUUGUAUGCGCAUAUUUAAUGAUGUAUUGCCUCCUUUGCAUAUUAGUAAAAAAUAUUUGGCUAAAUUCAACUAGUAAAAGUUGUUUUUAAGUGUAAAAAAUAAUCUCUGUGGUUUCGGUGUGGUUCCUGGACUUAAUCAGCAUUCUACCUGUGUUUGAUCUGCACACGUGCUUGCGCCAGCCGAGCGAGCCUCACUCUUUAGCGCGAGUGAAGUGAGUUCGGGAACAACGGGUCUUAGAAGUAGUUUUCACAUACAAACUUUAUAAGUCCGAACUCGAAUCAAAUAUGCCUCACAAAAAUAACAUGGUCACUGUGGUAGAAUGUUUAUUUUUAUUGGCAAUUUUCUGCAUUUAUCAGUGCCAUCAGGUUACGAUUUAAGAUGUAAACAGGAUUAUUAGGGAAAUGGCUCUUCUUGCAAAGCAUGUAAACGUUUUAAUCAAAUUAUUAUAUUAAUCAGACUAUCCACAAUCGCAUUAUUGUGUGCAUGUAACCGUACUCGUUGAGUAGUUCAAAUUAUUUAGUUUUUUUUUUACUCCUGUGUUUAAAAACGCACUCUUAAGUUUGCUUUGUUGUUUUGUAUCUGCUGGUGUAUUCUUUAAUAAAUGUCAAAUUCUGAAUGCAAA